AGAAAGCAAAAACAGAGCGAAUGCUCUGACACUUACACUCCCUCUUCUUCUUCGUCCGUUUCCAUAGCUGGAAGCUGAAACUGAAAAUGGCGCAAAACGAUGCAAAACAUAAUAACAAAAUCUCCUCAAAUUCUUAUUGAUUGGAUGCUAAACAAGAGGCCCCUUGAAUUUACAAAUUCCAAUGCUAUCUGGGUUCAAAUUUUCAUUCUUGAGCUAGGGUUUUGGGCGCUUAAAAAGUUCUGUUUCUUGAUCACUUCCUCCUAAAUGCUUCACAUUUUGCCUAGAAUUUGAGCUCUGGUUUGUAAUGGCAAGCACCUCUGGCCAAGAAUUUAGUUCAAACAGAAGUUAUAGGCGAUGGUUAGCAGAAACUUUUGAUGGCCACGAAACUGGAGAUGAUGAGCUUUCGGGAAAUUUGGAUGGGAAUGAUUGUUUUAUUCAGUCAUCUGAUCCCAGUUUUCCGUUGAUGUCAGAACCUACAGAACCAUUUAUUGGAAUGGAGUUUGAAUCGGCAGAGGAGGCUAGGGAGUUCUACGAGAUGUAUGGACGGCGUAUGGGGUUUACAAUCCGGAAUAACCGUACACGUCGGUCUCUUAAAGAUAACUCAAUAAUUGGUCGAGAGUAUGUUUGCUCUAAAGAGGGUUUUCGUGUGGAAAAAUAUUCAAAUAGAGAGAGUAGAGUUUUCCCAUCACGGCCUGCCACUAGAGAGGGAUGCAAUGCCAUGCUGAGGAUAGCUGUAAAGGAUGGUGGAAAGUGGGUUAUCUAUGGUUUUGUGAAAGAACAUAAUCAUGAGCUGAAUCCAGGCAAAAUACCACCUAGACGAUCACACAGAAUUGCAUUCUCUGAGGACGAGAAGGAUCUUAAAAUCCGAGAACUAUCAACAGAGCUGCAUCGUGAGAAAAAGAAAUCCGCAGCUUAUCAAGAACAAUUAUGUCUGGUUUUAAGAUACAUUGAGGAACACACUCAGCGGCUAGCUUUGAAGGUUAAUGUAGUGACUAACAAUAUGAGAGAACUUGAAUCUGAAGAGCAGGAAAGUUCAUACUCUGACUAGAGUUAGCAUCAUUUGUCAUCGAGUCAUACUAUGAUAUUGGUACAGUUUCACACCAAUGAGUUUACACCAUUGGUUUUCUCAAUAACAACUUAUCGUCAUCCAAUGUUUCAAAUAUACGCAAUAAUCGUACUAUCCAGUAUCAUAGAAUUAUCCUUACCAGUAUAAAAUGUCAGUUGCUUUGUAUAUUGAACAAAACUCAUCUUGCAACAGUGUUUUUAGUGCACAAAUGCUUGUGAUAUUAGCAUUUUGGAUAAGAAAAAAGUCUUUUGUAUUCAACAAGUA